AGAUCCCAGUGCCUGCCCCACCGUCGCGUCCAAGCGCGUCAUCCUCCGCAGCUUCCUCGUCUCAAGGAACCUCAGGCGAGAUCACGCUCACAAUCAAAUCGAUCAAGCCCUCCCUCACGCAUACCCUUUCUCUCCACCCGGCCGAUACUGUGCUUUCGCUGAAGCAGCGUCUCUCAGAGCUUUCUGGAUGGCCUGCGGUCGCGGCGCAGAGGCUGCUGCUCAAAGUCAAGGAAACAACAGUCCGGACACGGCCGGACGCCAUCUAUCGUGCUGUCGCCCUCUCCCUCCCCUUCUCUAGAGCUUCCUCCUCCUCCAGAGCUAUUAUUGCACGACAGCGGUGCAGGCGCAGUGAAGGAUAUCCAUCUGACCUUGGAUGCUGUGCCUCCGCCAGCCGGGGAAGCAGCCCAUGCCAUGCCGGAGUUCCACGAUACAAUUGCCCGGCCCGAGUUCUGGGAGGCAUUGUUGUCAUUCUUACAGGAGCAAAGUCAACAGUCGCCGGCCACUGCAACGGACAUCUACGAGCUCUUCUUGCGUGCUGCGAAGGGUGGACUCACUGCGAGUGAGAUUGCCCGGAUCCGAGAUAGAGUCGGAGUGGUUGGCAUGGGCGGAUUGUAGAUCGAGAAUUGUACAAUGCGACGUCAAACGAACCUUAAACCGAUCGACAUCCCAUCCAAGACGCCCGCUUUGAUAUGCCAGGACAUCCCACGCCUCGGACGCCUCAAGCUCUUCUUGUGUCCUGGGCUGGUGGCCCUUUUCGACGACGAUCUUUGGGUAAUAAUGAUUAUCAAACCAUCGCUGCUGAGUUCGGGCCGGAUGUCCUUUCCGUACAAUAGUGUCUCUGCCGUGAAGGGAAAGUUGGCCUCGCGGUUGGAAACCUUCAAUUGUUCCGCACUCGGCGUUCACAAGACAAGGUUGUGUGCCAUCAGGGAUGGUGUGGGUGAGCCCGAUCACAAAUGAUUUCGAAGUGUGAUCAGUCUUUAUUGUCUCAUUCGCCCAGGGCAACCACUCCUUCACAAUAGCAUGAGUGCCGAUAGUUCGCACUAUUGUUCGAUCGUGCCCGAUUCGGCCUCGAGAAUCAAUGUAACGACGAGACAUCGCAGCGUAUUGUCUGCUUUACCUUGUAAAACCAAUUGCGGGGUAUAAUAACGUUGUCCUCCGGGCGCUUGGUCUUCUUCCAUCUACUGAGCUCUCUUCUCUGUGUUUUCGCUGCUGCUGCGCCGAAAACCUGGAUCCCUUCUUUCAAAACCUUGGACCUCUCAACCCGCCAUGACCUCUACGAUCACACCGACCCCGCAGCCCAGAGCGAGACGCCCUCCGCCAAUCAAGAAAAGGCACACGAAGCCAUGCCGAUAUUACCAGAACGGAACAUGCCCUCACGCUGCGCAGGAGGAUUGCGACUUUGCGCAUGUCUAUGCGCCAUCUGGGCUGAAAUCUUCUCCUUCGCCUCCACCCAAGCAGUGCAGAUACUGGCUGCAGGGCGUGUGUACGAAUGGAAUGUGGUGCCAGUUUCGGCAUGGGGAUGAUCAGGAUGGAGUCGAGGAGCUCAGAAUCACAGACUAUAACAUUCAGGUCCGGAGUGCAACUACACCUGGGCCAGAGCCAGUUGGUCUUGUCCCAGUUGUUCCGCCGUCUCCCUACUUUGGGCAGCCGUCUGCAAUCUACUUUGGACCGUCUCCGUAUCAGCCGCAUACGCCGAUGGAGACGAGUCCCGUGGCUUCUCCUGCGGGAAGCCCGACGAGCGAGGAAGAAAUGUAUGCUCAAAGGCCAUACUAUUAUUCGCCGUACGAGCCUGCGCUGGGUUAUUCCCCGGCAGCGAUUCCCUCCGCAUUCAUGGCGAUACCUGUCUUCGAUACUUCCAUGGGCCCGAGGGCCCUGCCUUUGCCGGCAACUCCCGGUCUUUCUCCCCGAACAUUUCGCCCUCGAUCUGCAAGCUAUCACACUAAACCAUGCCGAUACUUCAAGCCGGGGAGUGUGUGUCCAAGCGGAGAUAACUGCACAUUCAUCCAUGCCUAUCCACGCGUGAGCGUGUCGACCGAGUCUGACCGGAGUCCCGAGGCCCCGAGCGUCAGGAUUUCGCACGAGCCAAUCGCGAAAAAAGACUACUUCCCGGUCUCGUGGCGUGUCAUCGGUGGCGGCGUGUCCCUGAGCGACAACAAGCAACCCAUCCUCCCUCCGUUCUCGGACGAGGAGGACGUAGCCUCCGAUGUCUCCCAAGACUCGGCGUCGACGUUCGAGAUGCCUUCGGAUGGCCCGUCGUCGAAUAGCGAUCACGAGCUACUCGUUGAACCCAGUGUGACCUCGACGAUCGAUUUCCCUUCGGAGGGGGAGGAUGACACAGAGGAGAACGACGCUGUGCUACGGCGCACUCCCCUGAAGAUGACGAUCCCCGCAGUCCGGCAGCGCGCGUCGUCCGGUCCGUCGACACCUAUCGGCACCCACCUCGUCGAUGUUCUACGGUUGUUCCCUGCCGAGUCGUAGACACUUCGAGUUCAUUUUACUUUCGAUACUUUUUGGGACCCAACGGCGCGUCAUUCGAUGUUCAAUUACUCGCCCUUGUGAAUGUAUUUUUUUUGUUCGUUUCACGGAUGGACAUGUAGCAUGUCUUUGCGCCAAUCGGAG